AGCAAAAGACUCAAAGGAAGGGAAUCUCAGGCAGUGCAGUGCGGAAUAUUGUCUGAUAGAGCUGGGAGGGAAAUGUCGCUGUAUAGAAACACGGUGUGGUUCCUGAAGGGGCUGCGGGAGUAUACCAAGAGUGGAUAUGAAGCUGCCGCCAAGCACUUUGUUGCAGAAGAUCUGGAAGUUGAUGUUACUGGAAAGCAUUACAUGAUUACAGGUGCUAAUAGUGGGAUUGGCAAAGCUGUGGCCACGAUAAUAGCAAAAAAAGGAGGUUCUGUGCACUUGGUGUGCAGAAACCAUGAGCGUGCAGAAGAAGCCAAGAAGGAGAUUAUUGACGGCACCGGAAACCAGAAUGUUUGGGUGCAUUUGCUGGAUAUGUCCAAUCCGAAACAAAUAUGGGAAUUUGCAGAAAAAUUUAAGACCGAGAACAAGCUGAAUGUCUUGAUAAACAAUGCCGGUUGCAUGGUGAACAAAAGGGAACUGACAGAUGAUGGCUUGGAGAAGAACUUUGCUACCAACACUCUGGGUACUUACAUUCUUACGAAGGCAAUGCUACCUGCUCUGGAGAAGGAAGAAGAUGCAAGAGUUGUAAACGUCUCUUCGGGAGGUAUGCUGGUUCAAAAGCUAAACGUUUCUGACCUCCAGUGUGAAAAUGGGACGUUUGAUGGAACGAUGGUAUACGCUCAGAACAAGCGUCAGCAAGUCAUUUUAACAGAGUUGUGGGCUAAAGCACAUCCAAAAGUCCAUUUCUCCGUCAUGCACCCAGGCUGGGCUGACACACCAGCUGUGAGGUCCUCCAUGCCGGAUUUUUACGAGAAGAUGAAGAAUAGGUUACGCACAGAGGAUCAGGGAGCGGACACCGUGGUGUGGCUGGCUAUAUCUCCAGCUGCAACACAGCAGCCCAGCGGCCUCUUCUUCCAAGAUCGAAAACCUGUUUCCACCCAUUUGCCUUUGGCAAGUACGCGUUCCUCUCCUGCUGAUGAAGAGGAGCUUCUGAGGAACCUGGAGGAGCUUUCACAGAAGUUUGCGCCAGCGACUGGUACCCCAUAACACAUGGGGUCGCUUUACAGCUCCAGAAUGAAAUGAUACCUACUUCGGCAAUUGUUUACUGACCAGUGGACCUUAAUGUUUAAUGCAGUCUCAGGGGUGACUUACCAAUACCUCAUAACUGUAUGUUCAAAUGCUAGCAUGAGACUGUUUAGUCUGCAUAGUCUUGUGUUCUCCAGAUAUUAAUUCAUUACUUACCUGUAA